AAUUAAUUAUUUUUCUUGCAUGUCAUGUGCGAGUUUAUGUCUGUAUGAAAAGUGUUAAAACUGGACAAGCUGCGGCAAAGAGUCUGCGUUUCAAUGCGCAUACUAUCCAUCCUAAAUAGUAUGUGACAUUUCUCAAUACUAUCUAGGGUGGAUAUAUGCACAUUGGGAUGCAGGGAGAGAGUUUUCAUUCCUCUUUGUAAAAGCAGAACUCAUACAGCACCAUCUAUGGUGGACCAUUUAUAUUAUCAGUCAAUAAAGUUUGACAAAUAAAAUUGAAUUGUUCAGUAAAGUAGGAGAAAAAAAUAAUAACUUAAUGAAGAUAUUAAAUACAGAAUAUAAAAUAAACAAAAGACAAUGUUGGUAUGUCGGAUGAUCAAAAGAUAUGGAGUGGCAAAAAGGGGAACUCAUAAUCUCAAAAUAACAUCAGAACAAUAUACCGCAGUGUCUUCGAGACUCGUUUCUAAAUAAGAAGAAGGAGGAGCACAGAGGUAUAUUUACUCACAGUGAGCACUUUAACUGACAUCACUCUCAUCUUCAGCUCAGUCGUAUCAGGAGAUAUUUGAUAGACUAUAGCAUUUCUACUGAGUUUGUUUCAGAAUUAUUUGAAACUGUUCUAGUGUUCAAACUGCUGAAGAAAAUGAUUCACCUGAUUUUCUUCCAUAUGUGCCUGUGCUGUGUAGCUGGUGUAUUUGGUGUUGAUGCAGUGACGCCAGUAUCAGUGACGGAGGGAGAUUCAGUCACUCUGAACAUACAGAGAGAUGAUGAGAUCGAAUGGAGGUUUGGAGAUAAAAACAUCCUCAUAGCUGAAAUCAGACAGGACAAUAAAAUCACGUGUUAUGAUGAUAGUGCUGAUGGGAGAUUCAAAGACAGACUGAAGAUGGAUCAGACUGGAUCUCUGACCAUCACGAACACCAGAACCACAGACUCUGGACUUUAUACAGUCACUAAAACAAGGAAAACAAAGACCCCGCUGAACACAUUCAGUGUUACUGUCUAUUCUCGUCUUCCAGUUCCUGUCAUCACCAGAUACUCUCCACAGUGUUCUUCAUCAUCAUCAUCAUCAUCAUCAGAAAUGUCUUCCAAAUGUUCACUGUUGUGUUCAGUGUUGGAUGUGAGUCACGUGACUCUCUCCUGGUACAGAGGAAGCAGUUUAUUGUCCAACAUCAGUGUGUCUGAUCUCAGCGUCAGUCUCGCUCUUCCUCUGGAGGUGGAAUAUCAGGAUAGAAACACCUACAGCUGUGUGAUCAACAACCCCUUCGGCAACCAGACCAAACAUCUGGACAUCAGUGGACUUUGUUCCGGCUGUUGCUGUUAUGGUUUCACUGAAGCAGCGAUCCGAUUGGCUCUCUCUGCUCUGGUGGGCGUGGCUGGGAUGGCCAUCCUGGUUUAUGAAUUCAGAACCAGAAACCUUCAUCAGAAGAAGAUCGUGAAGAACGCAGCAACAAACACUGAUCCACCAGAUGUAGCUGCCUCUGAAUGAUUAGAGCCAUUAUAUCACAAGUAAAUAUAAUUUCUAUGAUUAUUUCAUUUUUCUUCUCAUAAGGUUGAUAUGUCACGUCUUCAACACCCUUUGCAUCUUAUUACAUAAUGUUAAAUGUUCAUAUCAGUCUCUUGUGUUUUUUCAUUAACAUCUCUUGCUGUAAUAUUUGAUAGUAUAAUUUGAACUUCAUAUUGCUUUUAUUACUUUAUGCCUCUUUGUUUUAUAAUAUUAAAUAAACAUGCUUUUAAUAAUCUUUAAAUCCUUUGGUCUUAUUCCUGACACACCACCAUCAUUCAGCUCUUGUUUUUUCAUCUUCAGUCUGUUAGUUUCCAUAAUUACAAGUUCAAAUCUCUCCAUGUUUU